CGAUUCGAUCACAUUUGAUGUAGUCUGUGGAGGCAACAAACUAAAAAAAAUAUUUUUUGUUGUUUGUUGCUGUUAAAAUCUAAUUUGUAUUAUACUCGAUAAUAUAUUAAUAGAAUACUUGCUAACAUAUGCAGUUCUGUUUCAUGAUUUGGUGUAGUGCAAAAUAACUAUGGGCUUUGAAAUUAAACGAUUUCAAGGUGACGUUGACGAAGAGUUAAUUUGCCCUAUUUGUUCUGGAGUUCUUGAAGAUCCACUACAGGCGCCUGCUUGUGAGCAUGCGUUUUGUCGUGCUUGUAUAACAGUGUGGGUAACUCGUCAGCCCACCUGCCCUGUGGAUCGGCAGGCAGUAACAGCAAGUCAAUUGAGACCUGUUCCCAGAAUACUCCGUAACCUGCUUUCCAGACUUUGUACAAGUUGUGAUAAUGCACCCCAUGGCUGCAAUGCAGUCUUGAAACUGGAGUCCUUGCCAUCUCAUUUAGUUGAAUGUGAAUAUAACCCCAAAAGACCGAUGCCGUGUGAUGCGGGCUGUGGUCUAGUUAUACCUAAAGAUGAAUUAGCAGAACAUAAUUGCGUGCGGGAACUACGCGCUCUCAUCGCGACGCAGCAGGGAAAACUCACUGACUACCAACAAGAGCUAGCCGAACAACGACUUAUCAUUAAUGAACACAAACGGGAACUAGCAUUAUUGAAGGAGUUUAUGCGUGCAAUGCGCGUAUCGAAUCCGACUAUGCGCGCGCUAGCUGAUCAGAUGGAGCGCGAGGAGGUGGUCCGCUGGGCGGGGUCGUUAUCGCGCGCGCGCGUCACUCGCUGGGGCGGUAUGAUAUCCACACCGGACGAUGUACUGCAGAUGAUGAUUAAAAGGAGUCUAUCUGAAUCGGGCUGCCCACCUCAUAUAAUAGAUGACCUUAUGGAAAACUGUCAUGAGAGAAGAUGGCCCCCUGGCCUUUCAUCGCUUGAAACCAGACAGAAUAAUAGAAGAUUAUACGAGAAAUACGUAUGUAAAAGAGUGCCCGGUAAACAAGCAGUGCUGGUACUGCAGUGUGACAAUACGCACGUUGACGAACAUAUGAUGGUGGAGCCGGGUCUCGUCAUGAUAUUCGCCCAUGGGAUAGAGUAGCAAAUCGCCGUUUCAAUAGCAUUGGAUUCUACAAAAAAACACACCGAGUCGCCGAUUAUUUGAUUAGAGGCUGCCGAACUCUACUAAAUCUGUUUGCAAUUGUCACGCAGUGACAACGUGAAACGGAACGCAAAUAUGACACUGUACAAAAUGAAAUAUGACGUCAUUUUUGUUCGAUUUUUAUUGUAAAUAUUGAUUUAUGUUAUUUAUUUUGUUAGUGUGUUCAAAAUUGUUUUCAAUUGCCGCGACUCGACAAAAAUGGCUAUAGUAACAAUGAAAUAAUAAUCCGCUAUGUAAAAUGAGCAUAUAGCGAGGUUAAUAGAUUUAUGGACCAAUGAUUUUUGUAUAAUUUAUGGAUGUUGUUUGAUAAAAGAGUUGGAAUAUUUUAGAUAUUUGAAAUGUUUGUUUAUAGUAUUAAAUUGUAUUGUAUAUUGGUUAUUGUAUAAUUGGUUUGCUGAACAUUCCUAAAAUAUGAAAUUUUUAAAAAGUGACACUUUUGCCAUGCCAGUAUUGUCAUUUUCAAUAAUGUCAGUGAUUGAGUGCUGUGUUACGAUAAAAUUAGGGUACUUUUUUAUACCUAUGUAUUUGUAAACGCUUUAUAUUUCCAUUUUACGAAUUAUAAUAUCUGGCAUCUAAUAUUUUGUUUGGUAGCUUCAUUUUGAUAUGGCAAAAUUGUAUUCAUUUUCGCUCAAUCUC